AUGCUGUUUCCGUGUGCCCCAUAUGAAGUAGUUCAAUUUACAAUCAAGAAAUUAUCAUUCUCGGGAAAGUGGGGACUAACGUUAGAUGAGUUGUGGGCGUUCAUUCAAACCAAAUUUAACCAACAAGAUCAAUUGGAUGAAUUUCAAAAACAAUUAAUAUGGCAAUGGUUAUUUGUUGCGGAGGAUGAGGAAGGAAAUUCAGAGAGUGCUAAAAUAUAUGUCACCUAUAAUAAUAGCCCAGUCACGGCGAAUAGCGAUUACAAGAUAUUUGUUGCCAGUUAUGACGAUUUAACUAACAUUCGAGUACUUCCAGAACAGGAAACCCAAGUGCUCUAUUUGACAGGAAUUACCAACAACAAAAAGUUCUUAUCAUCCCUUGGUGACAAACCAUAUGAGUUACUACAAGAGAUUGCCAAACACGGAAGCAAAGGUAUAUGGGCCCCAACUUUAAUUGAUAUAACUGGUCAGGACAACAGAUCAUUGACGGGAAGACUCAAUAAGUUGGAAGAGUGGAGACUCAUUUACAGGGAGAAAAGAUUUUUUACAGAAAAGAAGGUACAUUCCAGUUGGAUUGUGCACAUAAAGUUUGCUUCAAUAUCUGAAAAGUCUGAGGAUAAACAACAGAAGAAAAAAACUGACCACACAAACGUCGAACCCGUUGAAUCAGACAGCAAUGGGAGUAAAAGCAAAGAUGAAGAGAAUGAUGAAGAUGGCAAUAUUAGCAAGUAUUGGAAGUUUCGUGAAAAUUUGAAAAAUGUUAUUGUUGAGUCCUGUAAGAAUGCUCCACAUUCAAUCAGAGUAUUCAGAGAUUUGAAAAGAGAAUUGCGCAUGCAUCAAACAAGAUCGUUAUCAAAUUUGUUUCGUUCAAUUCUUAAUGCUCUCCACGAUGAAGGAGUUAUAGAAAAGGUGAAUAUCAAAGACGAAGAGACAAGUAGAUUGAUCUAUGCUAUAAAGUAUUUAAAAGAUCGCCAAGAUCUGAAGUUAAAUAUGGAAACUGAAUUUCUGGAGAUGCCUCAAUUGGGUGACAAUGGCGAAGAUCAAGAAGAUGGUGAUGAUGAUGACGAGGAUGAUGACGAAGCUAGGUUUGUUCCUUCCUUCAAUGUCAUGUUUCCUCUUGCGUCACAAUUGUAUCAGUACAUCUAUGAUUCAAAACUGGAUGGUAUUUCGUCGAGACAAAUACUUCUGCUGGUUUUAGGUCAGCCUAGAAAUAGGUUAGUAGAAAGAUUUUUUGAGAUAUUUCCAAGCUAUCAGUUGAAAGGACAGGCGUUGCAGCCUUUGAGGGUAUAUCCUGAUGAAAAUGACAAAACUGGAGUAGUCAGGAUUGUUGAAGCCGAGGGUAAAAUCAAGUUUUACAAAUACUGUGCUCGGGAAAAUAUUGAUUCAGUUACUGUCACGAAACAUAAAAAAGCAAGACCGGUUUUAAAAACAAUAGCUAAUGUCGAUUUCAAAGCAUUAAAUAAAAUGCUAUUUGUGAAAGACAGAAAAAAGAAACAGAUACAAUUGUUUGAUACUCCUGAGAAAUUAUACCCAGCUAUAAAGAUGUUACGGGAUGCCAACUAUAAACAACGUGAAGAUGAACAAGAUGAACACCCUGUUGACAAGUCAAUGGUAGCUCCUCCGAAAAUUGUUAAAACUAAAGUAUCUAAAGUGGAUGAAGUUGUUACUGCCGAUACGGUACUGCCUAAGACGGACAAGCCACCUUUGUCGAAGCGGAAAGUAUCCAAGGAAUCACCCAAAACUACUUUCAAGAAAAGAAAGGUUGAAACUUCUACUGAAAACGACAUUAUAACAUGUUUGCGAAGGUCUGCACGUUCGGCUAGAAAGCCCCCAAUAAAAAUCGAAGAUGAUGUGUUGGUGGAUGAGGUGGACAAUGAUUACACUGAAGUUGACAAUCAAGAUGAAAUAGAAGUGUUGGAAAAAGAAGAUGAACUGGACGUGAAAGUGGAAUUGGACCAUGAUAGUGAUGAUAUAAUUACUGUAGAGGGGCUUCUGACGACAGAAAGUAGGUUAAAUAAAACAGGCAACCUUGAAAAUGGACCGGUUUCCUUGAGUCUGACUGGUAAACGGGUACGGAAGUACAGCCGAAGAAAAGGUUUUCAAACAACUAAUUUUGGUGACGAUGUACAAGGUGAACUGCGAAGGGAUAUGAUUGUCGAAUUAGUUGAGUCAAAAGGUGGGAUUGUAAUUUUUGACGCAAAUGUGACAAGAGAAUUGGACAAAAAGUUAGAAAGCACUACAAUAACAGAUAAAAGGACAAUCCAAAGAGAUAUAGAAAAGUUACAAAAAAGUGGCAUGAUUGAGUUUGAACUUAUACCUCUGACAAAAGGUGGGCAGCCAAUUACCAGAUUAUUAAUAUAUUCCAAAGAAGAAAGAUUAAAACCUAGUGACGAUGUGAUCGAGGACUACAGAAAAUCAUGCUCAAAGGAUUGGAGCUCUGCUGCUCAAUCCAAGAAAUCCUUUAGUAAUGCCAGCUUGAGAACUAUUGAAUCAAAGUAUGCACUCUUUAAAAUUGAAAGUCCAUUUGACAGGAAAGGCCUGAAAAGAUUGGAAUCUUUGGCUCAGCCAAAAAGAAGAGGAAAACCCAUUGCAGAAAACAGACGCAAGCCUCGUACUAAAUUUGUGGAUGAAAUACUGGGAGUGACCCAUGAAGAUCGUCUGGAUGUACCAGUUGGUCAAAAUGUGAAUACAACUUUUGGUGCCCUGAAGACGGAUAUUAAACAAGACGAAAAGCUGGCUACAGUAUCAAAGAUCACCGAUUCGUCCAAGUCUACCAAGCCGACUAAAAGUGAGCUGUCCAGUUUUGCUCCGAAAAGAUUUAAAAGAAAAUCUGCUCCUGAAAGAAGAUCUAAUAAUGGUAAACUGCUGAAUAGAGGAGUCAAAAAAAACUUUGCUGUCAAAUUCGACAAAACCGACACGAUUACCUUAUUUCGUGCUGUGUGUAUUUCCAAAGCUUUCAACAUAAGUUCUAUUGAUUACGAUGCUAUAAGGGAACUUUUUGACAAUGUCACUGUUGAUUCCUUAAGAAAAACGUGGUCUGUAACUAGAAAAUCUAUUGGUGGGGGUGCAGUGGUAGACAAAGGAGUUGAAGACUUUCAGUUGAUUGUGAUGAGAGGAAUAGAUGAAGGAAAGGUUUUGGCUGGUGAUUUGGAAGAUAUUCGAAUACUGUUUUUUUUAGAUUUAUGGGGCAAUUAUGAAGGUGCCGACAAUGAGCUGGUUGACAAGAUGCCAUUGUAUAAGAAUGUGGCUGAUAAUUACAGGUACUACAAUAAAACAACAACCGAAACUUAUGUUGAUACUUUUGAGCAAAUUGAGCUUUUAUCAAUGAGGAUGAAGGAGAUGUCGCUUGCCAGUACUCCAUUCUACGUGUCUAAAGAUCCAGAGGAUCCGGUUUUGCCAAUAAAACCGCAUGAUGAGAUUCGAACCAUGUUGAAGGCGAUAUUUGGUACGUCCAAAGAAACAAGCACGUCAAGCAAGAUUGACAAGUUGUUGUCUGAUUUUCCUAAUAAGCAUAUUCAGGAAGCAUCUGAAGCGAUGAUUAAAGAUAGAGAAUUGUUGUAUUUUGGGACUGAUGACAGCCAAAACAAUUUCACUUUGACAGACAAGGUGUAUGAUUCCUUGUAUGUGCGUAUUCUGGCGUCAUUUUUCAAUAAAGCAGCUCAGUUUAAAGAUGAAUUAGUUAAUGUUUUCAGUUCCAAUAAGGGCUAUCCUUUAUCGCAGGGAAUUGAUAAUGGUAUCAUGGCCCAACUAUUGGACCUUGUGUCGAGCUCUUCGGUACUUCUAAAAAGAAUUGAGAAGGAAUACACUUUUGACGGAUAUGAAUCACGAUUGAUGGAUAAAAAUGAUUUGGAUUGUGAAAUUGUAUUGCAUAAAUCGCCAACGGGUGCAGCAAAUAUAGACGACCAAGACAUUCAUAUGAUUAUACCGGUCCCCACUGGGAAGCCAUGUAGCAGAAUUUGGUUGGAUAUAAAUGGACAAAUUGACGCUAAGUUAUGGCGAGAUAUUGUUGUGGCAAUUUUGUAUCAUGUUCACUUUCGUCCUGGUAUUCCAAUCGAUCUGAUUUUCCGAAAGUUUGAUUCUUUGUUGAGUGUAAAUGAUUUUACUGCAGUGAUUGACUGGUUGAAAAAGAGCGGGUGUAUUGAAAAAGGUGCUUAUAAUGGAUAUUCCACUUCAAAUAAUUGGCUAAAUAUAUUAGGAUACUGA